UUUGCGGCAGCAAUAUGAGCUAGGUCCGGAUCCUGCUAUACACCGACCGGCGCGAGCGGUUGCAAGUUCCUGGCGGUGGUUGCGUUGGUGACAUGGCUCAGAAGUUUAUUUCUUUAAAGUUUUAAGGUAUUUUUUUUCUUUUUAGUCUUCAGAAAGCAACAGUAGUUUUUUUUGACGUCACCGUUACAAGUAUAAGACUCUUUUACUCCCCGAGAGUCCCCUUUUCCUUUCUUGUGUCUCUUCCUUUCUCUUUAUUCUUAUCCCGGUCAGACUCGCCCCUCCUCCAAGACAUCUCUCCGUUUUAUUUUAUUUGACUUUAGUUCUCGUUGAGUGAUCGCUCCUUCCCUCUUCAGCGGAUCCCUCCCCGCCUCCAUCCUCGUCCUGUGGGAGAGACCAGCCUUCUGGUGUUGCAGUCAGGAAUGGAGCUUGACAGCGCCCUGGAAGCCCCGUCGCGGGAAGAGUCUUCUUUGUCCGGGGAGUUGUCUCCCUCCGCCCUUGGACAGGCCUUCUCCAAGAUUUUACACAGUCUUACCCGCCCGGAGGCACGACGAGGCAACGUAAAAGAUGUAGCUCUUAAAGACCUCGGUGAUCUAAUAGAAGCCACCGAAUGUGAUAGGUUAUUUGAGGGGAGUGGUGCACGGCUCCGCGGAAUGCCGGAAACACUGGGGCAGGUGGCAGAAGCCGUGGAGAAGUAUGCAGCCCCCCGCAAAGAGGAGGAAGGUGGAGGUGAUGGGCACUCUGAAGUGGCCGAGAAAGCAGCCAAAGUUGGGUUACUGUUUCUUAAGCUGUUGGGGAAGGUUGAGACUGCUAAGAAUUCCCUGGUCGGCCCUGCAUGGCAGACGGGCCUGCAUCACUUGGCAGGACCGGUUUAUAUUUUUGCCAUCACACACAGCUUGGAGCAACCGUGGACCACUCCGAGAUCUCGGGAGGUUGCUAGGGAGGUGCUCACCUUACUGCUUCAAGUUACUGAAUGCAGUUCUGUGGCAGGAUUCUUACGCGGAGAAAAUGAAGAUGAGAAAGGGAGUCUUUCGGUGAUAUUAGGGCUUCUCAAACCCGACUUGAAUAAGGAAUCCUGGAAGAAUAACCCUGCCAUCAAACAUGUUUUCUCAUGGACUCUGCAACAGGUCACUCGGCCCUGGCUGAGCCAGCAUCUGGAAAGGGUACUUCCUGCAUCAUUGCUCAUUUCAGAUGAUUAUCAGACUGAGAACAAAAUCCUGGGUGUACACUGUCUCCAUCACAUUGUGCUUAAUGUGGUAAGCAACCUCUACCUUGUCAUCCAUGUUGAUGGGACAGACGACCUAUGCAAGAAACCUGCCGGCUUUGUGAAGAGGUUGGGGAUCCUAACUGUUCGGCACUUGAAGCGGCUGGAGAGAGUCAUCAUUGGUUAUCUGGAGGCUGUGCUCCUGUGUCUGCUGGAUUUGUUCCCCAUCCUGGAGAAAACCCUGCACUGGAAAGGAGAUGGAGCUCGACCUACCACCCAUUGCGACGAGGUCCUGCAGCUGAUCCUGACCCACAUGGAGCCAGAGCACCGCCUUCUUUUACGCAGGACCUAUGCAAGAAUGCCGGCUUUUGUGAAGAGGUUGGGGAUCCUAACUGUUCGGCACUUGAAGCGCUGGAGAGAGUCGCUCAUUGGUUAUCUGGAGGUUUAUGAUGGACCUGAGGAGGAAGCUAGAUUGAAGAUAUUGGAAACUAAACUUCUCAUGCAACAUACUUGGCCCAGAGUUUCCUGCAGACUUGUGGUCUUACUGAAGGCUCUCUUGAAACUGAUCUGUGAUGUAGCAAGGGAUCCAAACCUUACACCUGAGUCUGUUAAGAGUGCCCUGCUACAGGAGGCCACAGACUGCCUCAUUCUCCUGGACCACUGCUCUCAAGGACGGGUAAAGGGUCUCCUGGCCAAAAUUCCCCAAAGCUGUGAAGACAGAAAGGUGGUGAACUGUAUCAGAAAAGUGCAGCAGGUUUCUGAAGGCGCUUCCUACGAUGGAACUUAAGACUUGCAUUACUUUCCCAAGAGGAAAGGAUUUUCUUCCCAUCCCAAUUUGUAUGAAUGGAGUUAUUUAAGAAAAAAAAAUACUUUUACACGAAACUUUGGAAGUGAGAGCUGCUUUUUCCUUCUUUCUUUCCUUUUACCUCCAUAGGAGUAGGGAAAGUAGAACAAGAAAAAAAUUGAACUCCUUCCAUUUCUAAAUAAAGUUUGGGAGAAAAAAGGACACCAAGGAAUGUAGCAUUUAAAAUUUAGAAAUAUUUACAUCCGUCAUCUCAUCCCAGAUCCAAGAACUCAUCUGUUAAGUUUCUCGGGCACAAGCUGUUACUUCAACACAUAUGCUAUAAAAAUACUCUUGUUCACAACUUAGCUUUCUUCACUCACUCCAGAUUUCUUGCCCCACUGACGUGGCAUAAAUAAUAAAAACACAAAUAUUGUGUUCAACACAACACAAAAGAGCAAAAACUGGAGGUGUGUAUGUGUUUUUUUUUUUU